UUACAACGGCCUUUAUCUUCGACUACAUUCACAAUAUUGUGACUUUAUUCCAUGAAAAUUUUCACUUAAUCGGUUUAUUUGACAUUCACAGGUUUCAGGGAUACAUAAAUCCAGAGAAUGACUUCAGACAGCAGAGCUAGUAAAGCCCUGAAGGUGAAGAGGGAAUGCGGGGAGAACGUCCCAGUGCUGUCCGACAGUGAGCUCAUGUCGCUGUCUGUGCGCGAGCUCAACAUGCACUUACGCGGUUUGUCACGCGAGGAAGUGCAGAAGUUGAAGCAGAGGCGGCGCACGUUAAAAAACCGUGGUUACGCGGCGAGCUGUCGGGUAAAGCGCGUGUCCCAGCGUGAAGCCCUGGAGCAGCAGAAGAAGGAGCUGCAGCGGGAGGUGGAGCGGCUGGGGGCCGAGAAUGCAGGCAUGAGGCGGGAACUGGAAGGGCUGGGUGCACGUCUUGCUGCCCUGCAGCGCUUUGCCAGAGGUUUGGAAUCCGGAGGAGGCAGUCUGCUGGCCACCACACCCCGCCUGAACACAGCCUCCGUCAUUACCAUAGUGAAGUCACCGAAGCAGGUGCACACCCCCAGAGAGCAAGGAGCAUCCUAGGGCACCACGCUCGCAUGGAUACACAGACACACAUAGGUACACAGUAUGAUCGCACAGACAGACCAUGUAUACUCGCAUAUACAGGAAGAAAAACAAGUACCAGUUGGGAAUUACAGAUUCACUUAAAUAUAUAAAACACACAGAGACUGUAUAUACAGUCUUGUAAAUGUCCAAGAGUAAUCUCUGUACUGUUGUUGUGGCCUCGAAUAUCAUGACAAGUGUAUAAGUCUGCACAAAGCUAUUGCUAAAGAUAGCUUUAAUGCUAUUUAUGCCCAUUAAUGUGCUUUCUGGAUGGUGAAACAUAUGUUUAAAAAAAAAAUAAUCCUAGUCCUAACAACUUGUCUUCAACAUUUCCGAAGCUGGUUAGUUUUUGUUGGAUUAUCUCCAUGGUAUUAAUGAAUCGUGGGACUAGAGAACGUGCAGAUCUAUCAGUACAUGCCAUUUAUAUAUUUUAAUGUUUGUAUAAAAGACAAAUGUUCAACAACAGACAUAGAAGCUAUUUUAUUUGUGUUCGAAAUAAGAUGUUUGAAGGUAAUUUGAGCUGUGAUUGGUCUAAAUACUACUUCUGAUCGACUAGUUUGGGGUCAUUGUUUUAAUUAUUGUGUAUUUUUUGUAAUGUUUACUUGUUGUAAUGAGUUAGUAGUUUAGUAAUGGUAAGGUAUGCAGCCUUAUUACCCGUAAAUGAUUCAGUACGUGUGAGGGUCAUAUUUGUACUAAUAUUAGAGCGACUUGUUUUGUAGUGGUAUUUUUGUAUUUAAAACCAAGACCAUAUAUUAUUUGCUAUUAAUGAUUAAAAACGUAUCUGAAUAUUUUGGACAGCUGGAAUAUUUUUAAAAAUUCCAUUAGAAGGAAAGGAGAGAGAAAGGGGAAUCUGAGGAAGAUGUGAAAAUAGAGGACAAAGGGGAAGAGGGCAGCCAGAAGGAGAAGUGAGCACUUGCAGCUCACAUGGGAGGGGAAAAAAAGGAGGAUAAGAAAGUGACAGAAGGAAAGUGAAAGACAAAAAUAAUGUCACAUUACAUUAACCCGUGGUCGUCAGGAUGACCUGCUGACUACAAGCCUGGUUUACUUCAGUAAACAGGGUGACACUGUAUGAUCAGGUAAUGAUCGGCCAUGUUAAACGUGGAUAUCUCUGGUGAUUUUUUUUUUUUUUAUUAAGUGUAGUCAGCAAUGUCAUUUUCAGUACUUAGAAUCUUACUUGGUAAUAUCAUGUCCCUGACACUUGUGAUUCAGAACAGUGUGCUGAAUGUUUUGUAAGAGGGCAGAGCUAAAAAAAAAAAAACAACAAAAACAACUGAUGUUUGUAUUUAUUAUCUGUAUUUUUCUAUGGUAAAUUCAUUGUCUAUUUUAUAUCAUUUAAUUGAAAUAAAUGUUGUAUAUAUUGUA